AUGAGGAAGCCAACAGCAUGUGAAGCCUGCCGGAACCGUCGACGUAAAUGUAAGAUUGUUGAAGGCCAACGGGAUUGCUCCCAUUGCAUUGCUCGGCAUAUCAAAUGCAUCCAGAAACCCCCUGUGGGAGGUUACUAUCAUCAGUCUGCUCUGGUAUCCGAGAGCCGUCAGCUUGAGAGUCGUCUUGAUGCUCAAGAUGGUGCUCAAGAUGCGGAUAGAGCGUAUCCCCAACUUGCUCUGCGGCUAGAGCUGGUGCAGUUGUAUUUUGAUUAUAUUCACAACCAGUUCCAUACUUUGUUCCAUCCUCCCAGCUUCCUUGCUGCGGUGGCCGAAGAUCGAGUAGAGAACGUUUUGUUGUAUCCAAUAUUUGCACUCUCGGCGAGAUUUUCGACCGAUCCAUUUUUUGGUGGGAAGCCGCCAGCUGAACGAGGAUCUGCGUUUAUAGCAAAAGGAGAGAGUCUUCUGCAAAUCAGUAGAGCAUCGCUCACAACAAUCCAAGCCUGUGUGCUUCUUGGAGCGGCGUACAUCGCAGAUGGGGAUGAUGUGACGGAAAAUGUGUACUAUGGCAUUGGUUGUCGGAUGGCUCAACUCUUGGACCUCCCAAAUCGCGUGGCAUCCAGCCAGCUUGAACAUGAGAUCAAUAUCCGCGUGCUAUCAUCUCUCUGUAUGGUUGACGUCUGGUCAUCAACAGCCGUCAAGCUUCCUAAACUCAUGCCCAAUCUCGAUAUUCCGCUACCAACAGACGAGUUACAAUAUCUUUCUCUUGGGAAUGACAUGCCACUCGUAUCACCAGGUUCUGAUCGAUCAUCACCUAUUCUUGCUGAGAUGAUCAAAUUGAAUCGGAUUUUACUUGCCAUCAACAACUUCAAUGAGAAAUGCGUACAGGAACAUCUGGAAGGUGUUCAGUUGGAAGACGCUGUUGAAGAAUUGAGCAAACGACUAGAUGACUGGUAUGAGGCACUACCAGACAUUAUGAGAGAUACACCAGAGAACUUCGCUUGGUUCGCAUCCCAUGGUCUUGGACGAUAUUUUGCUGCGGUCUAUUUGGGUUAUUAUCAUUUCGGACAGCUUCUGUUUUAUCAAUUUCUUCAUGUUGAGCCCUACAGCUCGAUCCCAUCAGCCGACCUUUACGCAGAGAAAUGCAAGCAUCACGCUGCCCGGCUCUGCGAAAUGAUCUAUCGCGCCUUCGAAACUCCUAACUCUGAUGUGCUUUACACGAUGGUGGCACAUGUACUUGUCAUUGCAUCGACUGUACAGAUCCACACCCUCCUCUUUUCGUCUGAUGAGAAUCGUAUCGCCGUCUCACGCGCCAGGCUCGAACGCAAUUUUGGCAUUCUUCUUCACUUGAAGCAAUACUGGUCCACGCUGAGUAGAGCUAUGAACCGACUAAGAGCUUUCCACGAUACAUGUCGGAAGUCUAUGGACACUAGUUUCGUACUUGAUCGCUGGAUGUUAAGAUUUCUGGUCGAGUUUGCCAAAGAGGUGGAGGAAAAAGAACCUGAUGUCCAAAGUCCCCUGUGGACUUUGGCAGGUCUCACUCAGGGUUUUGAUCUUUAA